AUGGAGAAGAACAUUAAGUUUCCAGUUAUAGACUUGGCUAAGCUCAAUGGUGAAGAGAGAGACCAGACCAUGGCUUUGAUCGACGACGCUUGCCAAAACUGGGGCUUCUUUGAGCUGAUAAAUCAUGGAAUACCAUAUGAUCUAAUGGACAACAUAGAGAGGAUGACAAAGGAACACUACAAGAAGUCUAUGGAACAAAAGUUCAAAGAAAUGCUUCGUUCCAAAGGUAUAGAUACUCUUGACAGGGAAGUUGAAGAUGUCGAUUGGGAAAGCACUUUCUACGUCCAUCACCUCCCUCAGUCUAAUCUCUACGACAUUCCUGACAUGUCUGACGAAUGCCGGACGGCGAUGAAGGUAUUUGGAAAGAAGCUGGAGAGUUUAGCAGAGGAGCUGUUGGAUUUGAUGUGUGAAAAUCUAGGGUUAGAGAAAGGGUACUUGAAGAAGGUGUUUCGUGGGACAAAAGGUCCAACUUUUGCGACAAAGGUUAGCAACUAUCCGCCGUGUCCUAAACCGGAGCUGAUCAAAGGGCUUAGAGCUCACACUGAUGCAGGAGGCCUCAUAUUGCUGUUUCAAGACGAUAAAGUCAGUGGUCUUCAGCUUCUCAAAGAUGGUGAUUGGGUUGAUGUUCCUCCUCUCAAGCACUCCAUUGUCAUCAACCUUGGCGACCAACUUGAGGUGAUAACCAACGGGAAGUACAAGAGCAUAAUGCAUCGUGUGUUGACGCAAGAAGAAGGAAACAGGAUGUCUGUUGCGUCGUUCUACAACCCCGGAAAUGAUGCUGAGAUCUCUCCGGCACCAUCUCUGGGGGAGAAAGAGUCGGACUACCCGAGUUUUGUGUUUGACGACUACAUGAAGCUCUAUUCCGGAGUCAAGUUUCAGCCAAAGGAGCCACGUUUUGAGGCCAUGAAGAACCCUGCAGCAGCCUCGGAUUUGACUCCGGUGGCCACCGUCGAGACAUUCUAA